UAGUUUAUUUCAAUCUAUAAUAAACUGAUAUUUUACUUCCUGCUUUUUUCAAAGAUACGAUAUAGUCUGUGACAUUGAUUCUUUCGCAUAUUUACUUUGUUUUUUUUGUGUUGCAUUCAUUUCGUGAACCGGUUGGCUUUGCCAAUGUGGCAAAAUUAUCUGUUUUAAUUUUCUGUUCUGCCAACGCAUAACUGUUGAUCAUAACCGAGUAUUUUAACACGUUCGAAAAAAGUGAAGAAGUCGUUUUUGUUUGAAUCCGUAUUAACAAUUCAUUUAUAUCAUUAUUUGAUUGUUCACGAUGAAAACGAAGAUUUCAGCAUUUAACUCAGUGUUUUUCAUAAUCACAAUACUAAACAAUUUGAAUUAUUGUCAUGCCUUUCUGGAAGGAUUAUAUUGUGGUCAAGAUAAUUGUUAUAAUGUUCUUGGCGUGACACGUGAGACAAGUAAGGAGGAAAUUUCACGAUCGUAUCGUGCAUUAGCACGUAAAUGGCAUCCAGAUUUACAUCGUGGCGAUGAGGCUAAAGCCAUUGCCACCACAAAAUUUCAAUUGAUUGCUCAAGCAUAUGAAGUUUUGCGCGAUGACGAAUCACGUAGAGAUUAUGAUUAUAUGUUGGAUAAUCCCGAAGAAUAUUAUCAUCAUUAUUAUCGUUAUUAUCGCCGUGUUUAUGCACCAAAAGUUGAUGUUCGAAUCGUAAUUGUUGUGACUAUUACGCUGAUAUCAGUCUAUCAAUAUUAUGCAUCUAAUUCACGUUACAAGGAGGCCAUCGAUUAUUUUGUCACAGUACCCAAAUAUCGUAUUCAAGCCAAAGAUAUAGCCCUGGAUGAAGGUAUAUGGCCAACCGUAACAUCAACAUCUGAUGGCAAAAGCCGCGUAAAACAACGAGGACCAGGUAAUAAACAAAAACUAAAAGAAGAAUUGAAACAAGAAGAAGAUGCAUGUAUACGAAAGGUGAUUGAAGAUAAAAUGAAUAUUGAAGGCGCAUAUUCAAAACCAUCGUACAAAGAUAUUCUAUGGGUUCAAUUAUUUCUCAUUCCAGUAUUUAUUGUCCAAUAUAUCUAUUGGUACGCCAGAUGGAUAUACAAAUUUGAUAUUAAAAAAGAGCCUUUAGGUGAAGUGGAAAAACAUUAUCUCAUACGAAAGUAUAUGAAUCUUUCGGAAUUUCAAUGGACACAAAAAGAUCCACAUGAAAUCGAUGAAUAUAUGCGGGAAGAAUUAUGGAUCAGAGAAAAUUUUGAACCAUGGAAACAGAAAAAAGACGACGAAAUCCGUGCAAAAUUGGCGGAAAAUCCUGCCUACAAAAGAUAUCGUAGAUAUAUGCGUAAAGGUGGUCCAGGUCAAAUAACAUUUCUGGAUGAUUAAAAACCAAAGUGGCUACUAUAGAAACUAUUAUUCAAUUUCUUUUUUGUAAAUAAAAUUGUCAUUUUGUUUUA